UUUCUGUCCGUUCAUACCAGAUGGAUUCAUAGACACAAGCGGACGUGCGUCCCCUUCCCGAACCCACCAGCUUCGCUUCCGAAUAGGAAUAGAAGUGAAUCAUUUUUGCGUGUGUUCUGUUUGACGCCACCGCCUUGAAUGGAUCUCGGUGCUUUUACGGCGGCGCAGCGUGUGUCGUGCCACGCCAUGAAUGCGGAUUUAAGCUUGAAGCCUGCAGCCGAAGGAGCCCAGCAAGCCGGCGCUCCGGGGGCCAAAGCUGGCCGUUCCAAAUCAGAGUCUGCCAAACCGGAACUGGCGCAUGUGAUAACCGACGCAAGAACGGGACGCUCGUACAGUAAAGGGAAGCUUUUGGGAAAGGGCGGUUUUGCACGAUGCUACGAGAUGACGGACCUGUCUAACAACAAAAUGUUUGCCGUCAAAGUCAUUCCGCAAAGCAGGGUGUCCAAACCGCACCAGAGAGACAAGAUCACCAAUGAGAUCGAGUUGCACAAAACCCUGUCGCACAAGCACGUGGUGAAGUUCUCGCACCAUUUCGAGGACCAGGAUAACAUCUACAUAUUUCUUGAGCUCUGUAGUCGCAAGUCACUGGCGCACAUUUGGAAGGCGAGACACACGUUGACUGAGCCCGAAGUGCGAUAUUACCUCAGGCAGAUCAUAUCAGGCCUCAAGUAUCUACACAGCAGAGGCAUCCUGCACAGAGAUCUCAAACUAGGCAACUUCUUUGUGAAUGAAAACAUGGAACUACGAUUGGGAGACUUUGGCCUCGCUGCCAAGCUGGAAACUGUUGAGCAGAGGAAAAAGACCAUCUGUGGAACCCCCAACUACUUGGCCCCCGAGGUGCUCAACAGGCAGGGCCAUGGCACCGAGUCAGACGUUUGGUCCCUUGGUUGCGUCAUGUACACGUUGAUGUGCGGCAACCCGCCCUUUGAGACUCUGGACCUGAAAGAGACGUACAAAUGCAUCAAGGAAGUUCGCUACAACCUGCCCUCAGGGCUCUCGCCCGCCGCCCAGAAACUCAUCUCGGGCGUUCUGCAGAAAACCCCAAGCGACAGACUCACGCUGGAUCAAAUUCUCCACCAUGAAUUCUUCACCAAAGGUUUCACCCCCGACAAACUUCCCCCCAACAGCUGUGUCAUGGUGCCCGAGCUCCAUCCCCCCAGCCCGGCCAAGAAAUUCUUCACCAAAGUGGCCAAGAGCCUCUUUGGCAAGAAAAAAGCAAAAGUGGAGAAGGCGCCAUGCGAGGAGAAGGAGGACAAAGAUAUUUCCAAGCUGGUGUCCGGCAUCGUCAAGUGCUCCAUCAACCGCCAGAUCAGCUACAAAACCGUGGGCCCAAAUGAGGUGCCCACCGGUCAGCUGGUCAGCUCGGUGCCUCUGGAGCAGACUGCGGCGGAGGAGGAAUCCAGGAAGUCAAUCUCGCGUUCCUUCAAAGGCACCAUGGCUAGCAGCUCUGAACCGUGCGAUGAUGUCAUCACUCCCUCCGUUGUGGCUGAAUGUGCCAUGAAGGUUCUCAAUGGCUGCUUGGCCAUUAUGCCUGCAGCCACGAGAAACCCGCCGUGCCUCUCCAGGCCACAGUCCUUCCUGUGGGUCACCAAAUGGGUGGACUAUUCCAACAAAUACGGUUUUGGCUACCAGCUGUCAGACCAAAGCAUCGGAGUGCUCUUCAACGAAGGAACGCACCUCAGCCUCUGUGACCAGCGCAAGACGGUCCACUACUGCUUGACUAACAACAAGCACUUUAGCUUCCCUGCGAGCUCGCUACCGGAGCAGCUUCGGAGCCAGAAACAAAUUGUAGAGCUCAUGGCCAACUACAUGGAACAAAAUCUCAUGGAGGGUGGUGAUAUUCACUGUCAUGAACAAGUUCCCGGUCCUCCUCCUCUGCUGCUGCAGUGGGUGAAAACUGACCACGCGCUCGUCAUGCUCUUCAACAACGGAACGCUGCAGGUGAACUUCUACACCGACCACACCAAGAUCAUCCUGUCCAAGUCGUCGGACUCGUACGUGCUGACCUACAUCAGCCGCGAGCGCGUUUCCUACACGUACCUCCUCAGCAUGCUGAGCGAGAUGGGCUGCACGGCCGAACUGCGGCACCGCCUCCGAUACGUGCUCCAUCUCCUGCAGCACCACGCUGAUGCCUGAGGAGGGAAAAAAGCAAACAAAAUCAGACUGGCCAACUGUGACUUUCGAGGCUCUAUGACCGGCUCCCGCUUGAUUGGUUGACCGUUUUGCAGCAGCGCCGUAACGGGCCUCAUGUGGACUGGUGCCGUGGCAGCUGAUAUGAUACUUCUGCCCAGGUAGUUUUGAUCAGAUGUCGUGUUGACCUUCGGGGUCUGUGCCUGUCCAAACAAUGUCUAAUGAUUGGACACUCCAUGAUGGAUGCCAAAAAAAAGUUUCACCUAACUACAGAUUCUCCUUCUUCUUGGUUGCAUGGUGCCAACGGAGCCUGCCUGCCGCUUUGCGCCUCUUAUCGAUAGUUAGUGCUGGGUUUGGUGUCUCCAUGGUAACUAAACACUUCAAAUUGCAACUUGUAUUGGUGGUGGUGGUGGAUUCUCUAUUUUUCCCUCCCCUCUGCCGCUUCCAGACCUGUGGACACUGCACGAUUUUCUUUUUUCUUCAGUUUUUACAAAAUAAUGAGCCAGCAAUCGAUCACGCUACGAUCUUGAUUUACCUCACACGCACAUGACAUUCCUGGCCGUAUUUAGACGGUGAGGUUUGGCGAUAGCCUUUUGCGUUAAUGGCUUCUUCUGCCUCAUUGUCACCCAUUUUCUUCAUGGUACACGGAGUAGUUAAGGGGAUUUGGGUGAGACACCAUAAUGCACAAUUUUUGAUUUCUUUAAAUCCAUAAGUCAUUUUUUUUUUAUAUACGUAUAUACCCUCACCAGUUUUAUUUGCUUUUAAUUCAAUACCAAAAAGCCUGUUUACUUUAGUUUGAUUUUAGACUUUUUAAAUUGACACGUAGGUGCCCACAUGUUCUGGUGAAACAUUGGGUCGGGGAAACGAAAGAAGGCGAGGGGACGAAUGAGGAAGGGGGUGAAAAGUGCCUUUGUGAGGGAUGUCUGUAUAGUGCAAUAACAAGCCUCUUUAGUGAAUGUCAAGCUGACGGCUUUGUCACCGGCGCUACACUGUCAAUACCUAAGCUUUUAAAAUGAACCCGCUCUCAUCAACGUAUAAUCCCCAGCAAGAAGAAAACCAUAUACGCGCGCGUCUUACUGUGACCCUUUUACGUUGGUUUUCUCGACCCGAGAGUUUGUAUCCUCAAAGCUGUGACCCGGAAUGCAAAAUGUGUCGUGUUUUCAGAAACAUUGUGAAAACAAGUCUGAUGAUCAAAGUCUUUAUUUUUCUGGCUGUUAAUUUAUUUUUUUAUUUAUUCAGGUUUCUUCUUUUUUUUUUUUUUUAAAUUUAUUUAUUGUGUAUAUGUAUGGUCUUGACACAAGGUAAUGUUCAAUUCCGCUCACACUUUUUGUAUUGUAUUGUAUGUGGGGAAUGGGACAAAAAUAAAGUUGAUUGAAAAGGAAA